UUAGGCUUCGUUUAAAUGAAAUAUUUGUCGACGGAAACUUUGGCUUUCCCAAAAGCCUGGUAUCGAAAGGCCAUUUGGAAGCGUAUGUUCUUGGGUGACCAAGGAAUCUCUGGUCAUUCAAUUUUCUCUGAUCAAGAUUACAAUUUAUCUUCAUCUUCAUCUUCCUCGCCAUCAACAUCAAGUUCAUCAACGAGUAUUAAUGAAUCAGGUUUACCAACUUCGUCCAUCAAAACCUCAGGUCAUUUUAAUAAAUCUCCAAAUAGUCGAGGUAGAGAUUCAUUAUGGUUAAAUAUUCAAGAUACUGAUGUUCAUCGUUCUCAACAUGCAAGUUCAUCCCAUCGCAUUAAACACUCUCACUUGCACUCAUCAGUCUCAUCGGAAGGUACAAAUCAACAACAACGACAGAUCAUGAAUGCACCUUGGAAAACUUUGAUUCUUUUCGGUGUUAACCUUUGUAAACUUAAUGUUCACAUGAACAUGGCCAAUGUUAUGGGUAAUACUAGUUGGUUGACUCGAGGUUUCCGUUCAGAGGGAAGAGUGUCGAUCGACUCAAAUGGUCAUAAAAGUGUCAAUGUUAGUCUGGGUUUGGAUGGUUCCUCCUUGGAUGCCAAGGGUGGUAUUAUCGGUGGUAUUUUUGAAAUUUCCCAAAUUCAAACGAAAGUAAAUAUUAAGGAAAAUUAUGGCAAAGAACCAGAUCAUAUGAUCACAUUGAAAUUAGAUGCACUUGAGAAGCGUCUUGAUUAUAUGGGAACAUCAAUCUUAAUGUUGCGAAUGUCUGAUCUUGAUUUAACACUUCGAGAUGAAUGGAGGAUCGAUGCUGGUGCCAACAGUGGUUCUAAUCACCCAACCAAACGACCUGCUUGUAUUUUUAUCCAUUGUAAUCUGGCCUGGGAUCAAUUACAAUUGUUAAUGUCCAAAUCAACGACUCCUGAUAUUAUGAAGAUCAUCGCUAAGCUUGAAGAGUUUUUCAGUCAACAAUUUCACAAUUCGAAAAGGGUUUUUUCCUCUUCCGGUGUUACCUCUUCCUCUUCAACUAAUAGGAAUUCAUUCAAGAAGGAUAAAAGUACCAGAGGAUCGGGCAUAGUUAAACCCUCUACACCAACAUCAACAUCCAGUGGUUCGGGUUUAGUUGAUUCUGGUUCACCGAGUAAUGAGAUUUAUCGUCAUCAUCGUCAUUGGCAGAAAGUUUUGCGUCUUGUAUCGGGUGCAUCUCUAUCCACCCUUUGUAAUCCUCUGCCCACCAAGGGAACUAUUCUUGGUGGUACCUUUGAACUUAUUGGGAACAAUAUUUCAUUGGCCUGUUUUUAUGGAAUCAAUUUCCGUUCCAAGUCAUGGGGACUUUUCUCCAUGUUGAAACCAUCAAUUUCCUUUGCAUCGGAAGCUCAAGAUGUGGUCAACAAUGAGACAGGUUCAUCGGACACUCAUAUAAUUCAAAAUUUUACCUUCUCUCUUGGUCGCCGCGAUCGUCGUCGAGAUGUUGAUGAGGCCACUUUUUCGGUUGAUUGUUUUCACGCUCAACAUUCCAACAUGGCCACUGUUUGUAAAAUUUCACGAACCGUUAUGUUCCCACCGCAAUUUAAAUCUCUCCAUGAAUGGUUUCAGUACACUUUCGCUGGCUCAGAAUUAGAUCAAAUUAAUCGGUUCCCAGUUAUUGAAUUUGAACGAUCUGGUGAUGGUUUUGGUUCCGCUGCUUCAGCUGCAUCAGGGGAAUUUCAUUCUCGACGAUUCUCCGUUAACCCGAAAAGUAAUGAAUGUCAUCACUCUAAGGAGGUCAUUUUCGCUCUGCCCAGUUUCCAAAUGGAUCUGAAAACUGAACAUCUUCAAGGUAUCAGGCCACCAUUGGCAAUAGAUCCAAAGCCAAAGGUUGAUUGUACUUUUGUCACCGAUUUUGAUGACCACAUUUUCGUCGCCGUUGAUGCAGAGGCUUUUUUCCUCCACGAAUUGAUUACCAGCUAUUUCAAAGAGAAACAGAUUUACUUUACUCGAAGCUCAACUGGAGCACAGUUAAUCGAUAAACCUGAACAAUUGAUGGACAAUAAGUCCAAUUUAUCCUCCAACGACAAUAAAGAUACACCAAUGUCAUCUGAAGCCUCUGCUGGAUCUUCAUCAGCACAAUCAAUUAUUUACGAACGAGAUUUUCGUGACUUUCAAUGUCAAACUUGGCAUUUGGAGCCAACAGUUAGGCUAAUUACAUGGGCCGGUAAAAACCUCGAACCAUAUGGAGUUGAUUAUAUCCUUCAAAGACUCGGUUUUGCCCAAGCUCGAACCACAAUCCCGAAAUGGAUACAACGAGGAGCAAUGGACCCACUUGAUAAAGUCCUUUCGGCAAUAAUGUUCAGGGUCAUCUCGGCAUCUAAAAAUGAAUCAUUGCCAAGCUCAAGAUGAUGACCAAUCAAUCCAAUGACCAGAUAACAACUAU